AUGAAACAUGGCCAGAUCAAAGUGCAGCAGCUGCAAAAGCUAUGCCGCCAGUCCCCUCGCCAGGCCACACUGCUGUUCCUGGCGCUUGCAGUUCUCCCGGCCCGCACCGUCAACACGCGGGCCAAAGGCGCUACCGCCGCGUCCCUGCCGCCCGGCGCACGUCAGAGCACCAGCAACAACAGCGGUGCCGGCCUGCCCGGCCGCGUCGUGUACAGCGUAGUGAUCGAUGCAGGAAGCACGGGCAGCCGCGUCCAUGUGUUCCGCUUCAAGCAGGACCGCAGGACGCGCUCCCUCAGGCUGCUGGGCGAGCUGUUCCUCCCCACGCACCCGGGGCUGAGCUCCUUCAGCGGCGACCCCAGGGCGGCCGCGCUGAGCCUGAAGCCGCUGAUGGGGGCCGCGGUCAAGGCGGUGCCGCCGGAUCUGCGGCCCGCGACGGCCCUGACGCUGCGCGCGACGGCGGGGCUGAGGCUGCUGCCGGCGGCGAAGGCGGACGCGGUUCUCAGGGAAGCAUUUGCGCUGCCGCCGGCUCAGGCGCGCGCUGCGCCAGCGGGGUCCACCACGUCAGUGCUGGUGCAGGACCAGACAUUUGACAUUUAUGUGCACAGCUACCUUGGUUUUGGUCUCAUGGCGGCCCGCGCGGCGCUCAUCGUUGCGGACCGCAACGCCACCGACCACACCCACGGCUGCUUCGCUAAGGGCGUGCGCCUCAACUACACCUACAACGGGCGCGCGUACCCCCUGGAGGAGGUGGUGGACCUGGCCAGCUUCGACCGCUGCGAGGCGGCCGCCAUGCGCGCCAUGAACACCAGCAAGUGCAAUUACAAGGAGGCGUGCUCUUUCAACGGCGUCUGGCGCGCCAAGCGGGCGUCGAUGCAGAUGGUUUACUACGUCAGCAGCUUCUUCUGGGACCGCGCUGUGGACGUGGGGAUCAUCAAGGACGCCCACGCCAUUGACUGGGCCACCACACCAGGGGUCUUCAAAACAUACGCCGAGGCCGUGUGCGCGCUGACCCCAGCGCAGCUGCUGAAGAAGUACGGCGUGGCUGACGACCUGGCACCCUGGCUGUGUGCGGACAUGAGCUUCCUGUACACGGUGCUUGCCAAGGGGCUGAAGCUGCCCGAUGAGCGGCGCAUCACGCUCGUGCGCCGCAUGCUCUACGACGGCAUGGAGGUCUCCACCUCCUGGGCCCUGGGCCUGGCCAUCAACGCCCUCAGCCUCCUGAAAGACAAUGGUUCCGCCGCCGCAGCAACCUAUCCCGCCGCCGCCGCCAAGUCGCUCAUCCGGGGAGCAAAGGCUGCCGACAAGGAGGCGCUGGUGACGGGCGGCGCCGGUAGUGAACUGGGGCUGCCGCGCCGCCUCAUGCAGCUGCGGCUCCUGCUUGGCGGCCCUGGCUUGCGGCAGAGCGUGAAUUGA